AGUGGGACCUGGCCCCAAAAGCCAGUGGCUCCACAAGUGAACACCAGUGCCUGCCACAAGCUCCCAGCCCUGGCUGUUUUAUCUGCAUGCUCUGGGCCCUGGGCUCCUGCCAUGGUUGGUAAGGCUGGAUUUUUCUGUGCCUAGCAGGAGAAAUGGGGAAGGAGUGCAUGGUCUUCAGUGACAAUGUCUUUGUUGAUGUCAAUGCUGCAGAAGGAUACAAAUGGUUCUGUUGUUCUCAGCCCCGGAAGGGAGGGCUGUGAAUGAGCUCUCUGUGCGGCUUGAAGUGGGAGGAGGGACAAGCCAGGGAGCCAGCUAGGGUGAUGGUGAGAGUUCAUUCUUGGGACAGUCUCCCUCCAGGAGAUGGUGGGAGGGUCCAGCCCCAGCUCCACACCUGGGAGGAGAGACUGAGAUCCUGGAGAUAGCAGGCACCAUUGGAAAGAAACCGCCUGCUGCAGAGUCCCAAGCUGAUGGCAUGGCCCUGGCACCGUGGAGAUGGCAUAGGGAAGGUGGCCACGACUUCUAGGGAGGGGCGAGCUGCCUUGUAAGAGGUGGCACCGGGAUAGCUGCCCAGGAGAUUCCAUGUUGAAGCAGCAUCCCAACGCCCUUUGCGUGCAGUCUGGUCCGACUGAGCCCUGGAAGAAAAGGGAAGUUUGCAGAGAGGAGCUUAAGCCAAGGAAAAGGACAGAAGCGACUUUGUCUGUACAAAGUGCAAGCUGGUCUCCAUAUUGGAAGAGAAGAUUGAAGGUCUGGAGCAACAGAUAACGACCCUGCGUUGCAUACGAGAAUCUGAGGAUUUUCUGGACAAAAGUCAGGAUAUGCUUCUACGGGCACAAAGCUCUAAAGAUUUAGAGCAGUUUGCACAGCGGAGCCAAGAGGCCAGUGAAGAAGCUUGGCAACAUGUGACCUCCAGAAGAAGAAGGGGGAAUGUCCGGGUUCCAGCAACGCAGACACAGGUGGCUGCAAUGCUGCAGAAGAAGAAGCACUGGAGGUCCAUGUGCAAUGGGCUUGUUCUGGGAACUGUCCUGACCAGCUUCAUGCUGCUGCUGUACUCCUACAUCAUUCCCCCUCUGCAAGUCAGCAUGGUGGACAUUCCUAUCCCUUACUCCUGCUCCUCCUAUCCUGCCCAGGCCAGGAUGCCAGGUGUGGUGAACAGCACCCACAGUCCCCUGGGGCAAGGGUGUCUGCCCAAGCUGGACAUCAUGUUCAUGAAGACACACAAGACAGCCAGCAGCACCAUCCUAAACAUACUCUUCCGCUUCGGUGAGAAGCACCGCCUCAAGUUCGCCUUCCCCAAUGGCCGCAAUGACUUCUACUACCCCUCCUACUUCGAACGCAGCCAGGUCCAGGACUACCAGCCCGGCAUGUGCUUCAACAUCAUCUGCAACCACAUGCGCUUCCAGUACCAGGAGGUGCGCAAGCUACUGCCGGCUGACACCAUCUUUCUGACAGUGCUGCGUGACCCUGCCUACCUCUUCGAGUCCUCCUUCCACUACUUUGGCCGCAUCAUCCCCCUCACCUGGAAGCUGCAAGGCGAGGACAAGCUGGCAGAAUUCCUCCGUGACCCAUGGCACUACUAUGACCCUAACGGGUUCAACGCUCACUACCUCCAGAACCUGCUCUUCUUUGACCUGGGCUAUGACAACAACAUGAAUGCCAACAGCCCCUUGGUGGACCAGUACAUCCAGGAGAUCAACCAACAUUUCCAUCUGGUCAUGCUGUUGGAGUACUUUGAUGAGUCCCUAGUGCUCCUGAAGGACCUGCUGUGCUGGGAGCUGGAGGACGUCCUUUACUUCAAGCUCAAUGCCCGCAAGGACUCCACUGUCUCCAAGCUGACAGGUGAGCUCUAUGAGAAGGCCACCUACUGGAACCUCAUUGACACCAAGCUCUACCGCUACUUCAAUGCCACCUUCUGGCGCAAGGUGGAGGCCUAUGGGUGGGAGCGAAUGGCCAGGGAUGUGGCCGAGCUGCACCGGGAGAAUGAGAAGAUGAAGAGCAUCUGCAUCGAUGGAGGGCGCCCUGUGGAUGCCAACGCCAUCCAGGAGUCCUCCAUGCAGCCAUGGCAGCCGUUGGGCCAGAAGUCCAUCCUGGGUUACAAUUUGAAGAAGAAGAUCAACAAGAAGCACCGGAAGCUGUGCCGCAAGAUGCUGACGCCUGAGAUCCAGUACCUGACUGACCUGGGAGUCAACCUCUGGAUCACCAAGCUCUGGAGCCACGUGCGGGAGUUCUUAAAGUGGUAACGUGAACUGCAGCUGUUCCCAACUCCCUCCCCUCCGCUGCCCUCAUCCUCACCCAAGAGAAGAACCAAGUGCUUUCAUUUUCGUUUCUUCCUUAUGUCUGUUGGCUGGAUGCAGGACAUGACACAUCGUCAACAAGCAGAACUGGCUUGAGGCUCCAACAGGGAAUAUUGCUUUUCACAAAGUUUUUUUUUUCUUGCUUCUAUUUGAAAGUCGUGGGGGCACCGUCUGUGACAGUGGGAUCCCAGCCCGGGUACCUCACUCAUGUUAAUAGCAGUAUACC